AUGAACAAUCAAAGGGUAACCUAUGCAGAACUGAAUCUACAUGGCAAUUUGAAGAGGCAGCAAAGAAAAUCAAAGGAACUCAAAAACUCUGCCACAGUAACUGAGCAAGAAAUAACCUAUGUAGAGUUAAAUCUUCAAAAUGUUUCUCAAGAUCCUCAUAGGAAUGACAAACACUACCACUGCAAAGAUUUACCAUUACCAUUAGAGAAACUCAUUGCUGGGAUCUUGGCACUCCUAUGCCUUGCAUUAAUGGUACCAUUGAUCACAGUUAUUUUCUCUUAUCUUUGUAAACGCUGUCCAGAAGAGUGGCUCAUACAUUCCAACAGUUGUUACUAUAUCAGCAGUGAAAAAAAGACAUGGAAAGAAAGUUUAAAGGACUGUAUUUCUAAAAAUUCUACGCUGCUUUAUAUAAACAAUAAAGAGGAAAUGAAGUUAUUGAUGUCAUUAUUCAUCGUACUGCAACUUAUUAAUGUUGCAUAA